AAUGGUCUUUGUCAAAUUUUAAAUAGUAGAUCACUGGUCGUGGUCCUGGUCUCAUUAACAUUUAACUAAUUUUUUUAACAAUACAAAAAAAAAGUUCUGGAAUUGUGUAAGUUUUCAUUAUUUUUAUAACCUACAAACAUGGCUUUAUUAAAUUGGUAUAAUUCGUGCCAAGACACAAGUAAACUAAUUCGACAAAAUAAGUAUAACAUCGAAAAUAAUAUCCAGAAUAUGAUUGAUAUUUUAACCUCAACAAACUAUGAGUUCGAAUAUAAUGAUAACCAAUUGUCUGACCAGAACCAGAACCAGAACCAGAAUCGGGGUUAUAAUAAAAAACAAUUUUUACCACGGAAACCCCCACCGCCAAUUCAAUUACCAACAUCGUCUGUUGAUGAAUUUCCAGAAAUUCGGUGUAGUAUCAACGGAGAUUCGAAUUCCAAUGGCAAUGCCAAUUCGGAAACACGUGGUCCGUUUAAAAUGUCAAGGUCACACAUGAAAAUGCCACUUACCCCUCCGUCACCAUUGUCCAAUUGCAAUGGAACCAAUGACGUGAACUUUAACUUUGAUCCAGAGAUUCAGCUGCAAGAGGACAUGGACCAGAAAUACACGAGUGCUCACAAGAUUCCUUAUCUAUGGAAUGGAAUCCUGCCUCAGCCUCGUAAUUAUCGCAUUACGACCUAUUCGCAGAAAGUUUUUAUCGGAGGCAUUCCAUGGGACAUGAGUGAGCAAUCACUCAAUAAAUUAUUUGAACCCUUUGGCAGAAUACGAGUCGAAUGGCCCAGACGAGACAAGCACGCUGUCCAACCGAAAGGAUAUGCUUACAUCAUAUUCGAGGCAGAGACAAAAGUGAGGGAGCUGUUGGCAGCUUGCACCACAUCAAAGUUUUGCUCAGAAACUGCUGGAAAUUACUACUUUCACAUAUCGUCUGGUCGUAUUCGUGCCAAGCAGGUAGAGAUCAUCCCAUGGACCAUUUCGGAUUCGAACUUUGUCACCUCCACUCAUCAGAAGCUGAAUCCGAGCAAAACUGUGUUUGUGGGAGCCCUACAUGGCAAACUGACCGCCGAGGGACUGGCCAAGGUAAUGAAUGACAUGUUUGACGGAGUUGUUUAUGCAGGCAUCGAUACGGACAAAUACAAGUAUCCCAUCGGAUCGGGUCGCGUGACCUUCAAUAACAGCCGCUCUUACAUGAAAGCUGUAUCAGCUGGCUUUAUUAAGAUCAAGACAACUAUCUUCACAAAGACCAUUCAAGUUGACCCCUAUCUGGAGGACACUUUGUGCGCAUUGUGUGGCGUGCAACAUGGGCCGUACUUUUGCAGGGAGCUGGCCUGCUUUCGCUAUUUUUGCCGGACUUGCUGGCAAUGGCAGCAUUCGUUUUAUGAUUUUAAGCUUCACAAGCCGCUCACACGCAGCUCCCGAUCGGACACAUUGUUUGGUUUCGAUUUACCAAGUCCCUAGGAAAGAUUGUUAUUUAUUUGUUUACAUUUCUUUUUUUUGUGAAAAAACUAUUUAUUUUUUUUUCAGUUUUUAUUUGUUAUUAUUUAUUUAAUUGGCGAUUUUGGUAGACUAAUUGUUUAUUUAUAUUAUUUUAAGUGUGAAAAUUUUGUUUUCCAUUUUUUGAUUUUGAUUGUUUUCAUUAAUUUAAUUUUCAAAAAUGAAACGUUUUUGAUAAUUUAAGUUAUAACACAUUUUGCAAUUCGAUUUUUAAAUUAGCGAUACAUGGUAUGAUGUACGUACAUAUGUAUAAAGUGUCCUCCAUUGCAAAGAGGACAUUGUUUAAUAUGUUAUAUUAAUUUUAAAACAUAACAACUUAUGUUUUAAUUAUUAAAUAAACUAUUUCAAAAGCAAAUACCUUUCAAUUUAUUGGAAUAUUGUUAUAUAUUUUUUUUCUGUUAUUUUCACAAUGUAAAUAUAUUUAUGUAGUUUGAUUUAUUCAAAUUUUUGUAAUAUAGACUUCUCAUUAUGUAUGAAACAUUAUAUAAAUUUCUUAUUCUUAAGAGAAUAAAAUUUAAUACUCAUUUUGUUUUAAUAUUAAAA